AUGGACAGAUUCACGGCGAGCUCGGGCGGGCAUAGCGAUGGCUCCGGCAACGCGCGCUUCACGUCGCAGGCUGCCACGGCAGAGGACCUGCUCAAGGCGCAAACCGUCGGGCUGGUCAAUCUCCAUGACUACCGCAAGCGACGCGCCGAGGCGUUGGACAGAAAAGAGCGAGGCGACACGGGGCUGGACUCAGACGCCAGCACUGGAUUGGACGGGGCAUCAACACCAAAGCCAGUCUUCAAGAAGAAGAAGCGCAAGGUGACGGGCAAAGGCAAGCUGUCGUUUGGCACGGACGAAGAAGCGGACGACACCGACUCGUCGGCGUGCAAGGCGCUUGAGACGCGCGAAGGCACGCCCGCGGACUCGACUGGGGCGAGGGCCGAAGCAGAGAGCAUGGUGGUGAACAACAACAACAACAACAACAACAAGGACAAGAGCAAAAUGAAGAAGAAGAAGAAGCUGGGUGCAAACGCGAGCAUUGGGCUGAAGCCCCGUGUCAUGACCAAGACGGCUCUGCAGCGCGAGGCACAGCAGGCGGAGCUGGCACGCCAGGACUUUGUGGCCAUGCGCGACGCAGUCAAGGCGACCGAGGUUGUCAUACCGUUUGUGUUUUACGACGGCACCAACAUCCCCGGGGGACGGUGCAGGCUGAAGAAGGGGGAGCAGAUAUGGCUGUUCUUGGACAAGGCCAGAAAGGUGGGGGCAGAGCUGGGGGUGGGGGGCGAUAAGAGUCGGAGGGACUGGGCCAGAGUCAGUGUAGACGACCUGAUGCUCGUCAGAGGGGAGGUGAUUAUACCGCAUCAUUACGACAUCUACCACUUUUUGUUCAACAGAGUUGCGGGUCUCGACGGCCCCAUCUUCGACUACUCGGCACAGCCGACCAAGGCAACGCCACGGACGGGCGAGGGCGAGGGCGAGGGCGAGGCAGCGGCAGCGGCAGACGUGGAUGCGGCGACGUACGACCCGCUGGCGCAGCCGCUCAAGAAGAAGAGCAGAGAGGCGGGGCUGGGCAACUGGGAGCUCGAGGGGUUUGGGGACGAGGCGGCCAUGACCAAGGUGGUGGACCGGCGGUGGUACGAACGCAACAAGCACAUUUUCCCGGCGAGCGCGUGGACAGAGUAUGCGCCGGACAAGGAUCUGUCGACGCUGCAGCGCAAGGACGCCGAGGGCAACGCUUUUUUCUUCUCGUGA